AUGCUUCUUGCAGGCAUUGGGGGGCUUGCAGCUUCUUCAGAUUUGCUCGGUACCGGGAACGUACUUCGUGACACUCCUGCUUGUGCGCAGAUCGCCGCUUCCAUCUCUUCGGAAUCAGCAGUUUAUUACAAUGGAUCGACGCUCUAUACAAAGGAUAAUUAUCAUUGGGCAUCUUCGAGUAGUCAAGUCUCCGCUUGCACCUUCGAACCUGGCACCACCGAGGACCUCUCUAAAGCGCUUCAAAUAUUGGGAGCCACCAGGACACAGUUUGCAGUCAAAAGCGGUGGUCACGCGACCAACCCAGGCUUUUCGUCGACCACAGGCGUUCAGAUCGCGAUGUAUCUAUUCUCAGACAUCACGUAUGACUCGGCUUCCCAGACAGCAAAAGUUGGCACUGGUGCGAUAUGGGAUGACGUCUAUUUAACACUGGAAGCAUUGGGCGUGAUGGUUCUAGGGGGGAAAGUCACUGGCGUCGGAGUUGGCGGCGUCGUACUUGGUGGAGGAUUUUCGUAUCUGACAAACCAGCAUGGGCUUGCAAUCGACAACGUGGUAUCAUACGAGCUUAUUUUGCCUAAUGGCACGGUGACUACAGUCACCAGCUCCAGCAACCCAGAUUUGUACUUCGGCUUGCGGGGAGGUUUUAAUAACUUUGGAAUUGUUACCUAUUUCACUCUCAAGACAUAUCCACAAUCACAAAUUUGGGGUGGAAGUCUCGUAUACACUGAAGAUCAAGUUGGAGCAAUAAACGCAGCCGUCGCCAACUUCACUGUGAACGUUUUAGACCCCAAGGCAUCAAUAUAUUCCACAUAUAACUAUGUCAAUGGAUCGUCAAUCCUGUCGAGCGCGUUGUUCUAUGAUGCACCCACUCCCCCAGAUGGUAUGUUCGAUGACUUCUCGGCGAUUCCAAACAUCGAGGAAACCCUUUCUACCCGGACCUUUGCAUCCAUGGUCGAUGUUGAGCCGGUGAAUGACACAAUUGGCCUUAGAGCGGUGUUCAAUUCCAUAGCCGUCGAGGAGUGGACAGUACCCUUGUUGGACGCCGUUGCUAAUGAGACCCUCUUCUACGGCAGCAAGCUGACAAAUACCAGUAGUUUGGCUCAGGUCACUUACAACGUGAGGCCCUACCUUGAAUCGAUCUUCAGCCACUCCGAUAUACCAUCUGCGUAUCCGGUUUCACGUAAACGAGGCUACUCAUACUUGGAGUUCUUCUAUGCAUGGGUAGAUCCAAACGACGACGACCUCUUCUAUGGCAUCGUCACUACCAGUUCCAACUAUAUGACGUCACUAGCGGUCGCUGCAGGGCAGAACAUUGAAAAUGUGGUUUCGUAUCCCAAUAAUGCAGAUCCUUCCACAAGCUUGGAGAAAAUGUACGGGUCGAAUCUCCCGCGUUUACGGCGUAUCAAGAAGGCUGUUGAUCCAGAAAAUGUGAUGGGACUCUGUGGAGGGUGGAAGUUCUAG